AUACAAAUACAUAAAUGAAUAGGCUAGCUCUGAUAAUACUUGUUUCAACAGUCGAGUUGUGAGAGGCGCCAAAAUGAAACCUGAAAUACAAAUUCCAUUCAAAUCAUAAUUCCCCGUAAAGUCACUUCAGACCUCGCGCUCUACAUUUUUUGUGUGAGAGGGCGAAAGUUUAUCGACGGAAUUCCUGGCGUUUCGAGGCUGUCUAGAUAGUCAUCACACUGCGCUUUGAGACGCGGCCCUGGUGUCUCUUUUUGGCAGAGGCAGAGGCUUUUGGGGACUUACCGGAAACCAAACUUUUUUUUUUUCAAGCCUCAAACUUGUAGCUGCUGCAGAAGUCGAAAGAGGAAAAAGAGCAGCAGAGUCCCGUUACAUUUCAGCUCGUCGUACGCAGUUCCUUGUUUUUUUCUCCUUCUUCUUCUUCAUCGUCAUGUUGAAUGUGGGAAAGUUGAGACGAAGAGCGAUCAACAGUUUUAACCCGAGAUAAAGUCCUGCGUCGAGCCUUUUUUCUCCUGCGCAUAACGGGAUCUUUGUUUUUAUAACAUGGAAGAUGGUGUGAAAGAGGAACCAGCCAAGCCCAAAGAGGUGAAGAGCGCAGAGAAGGCCGGCUGGUUGAAGAAGUCUUCAGGGAAGUUCUUGAGCAGCUACAAGGACAGAUACAUUCAGCUGGACCGAACCGCCAUCGCCGUCUACGAGAAUGAGGAAUUAACAACAUGCCUGGAGAAACUGGAACUGGACAACUACGAGACGUGCCAUGAGCUGAAGAGUGCAUUCAAGAAGAAACACAGGCUGGUACUAAUACGAAGCCCCAAGAGCGGUAACAAGGUUCAAGAUGUCAAACUUCAGGCACCGACUCCUGAGGAGAAGGAGGCCUGGAUCAAGGCGCUGUGUGAAGGAAUUAAUAAGGCAAAGAACAAAGUUUUUGAUGAGGUGAAAGUUGAUGAAAGUAGUACUUUAGAGCAUGUCACACGGGACCGGCCUAAAGGGAACCGUGGAAGAAGACCACCUACGAGGAUACACAUGAAGGAGGUUGCAAAUGUUUCCAAUGAUGGAAUGUUGAGACUAGACCUUGAUGGGGAGGUUACUAUGCUCAAUGGAACCCAUACCUUGAAUAAAGAAGGGGAUAAACAGACUGAAACUUCUAAACCAGCCGUAACAUUGAACAACAUCCAGGAGGAGGACGCUGAAGAGGAACCCACACCCCAGAAGAAAGUUAAGCCGCCCAUGCCUCCAUCAAAAGAUAAUAAACCCAGUGAAAGCAUAAAAGAGGAUGAGCCCAAAAACGAGGAGCCUGCACCACAGAAGAACAUUGUUACGCCACCGAUGCCUCCAUCCAAGAAGUCCAAACCUAGCAUCUCUCUGGAGUCUGAAGCAGACAGCACCGACUCUUCUGAAUCAACCCCAUCCAACAAGGGCAUCCAGCCUCCAGCUCCGCCUUCGAAACAUAUGAAACCCAACCAACAGGUAACACCAGCCACAGUCACAACAGACCAAAAAGAAACCCAAGAGAAAAACGAGGAGGUUGACGAUGAUGCAGGUACUAAAGUCAAUGGAGCUUCAAAGGAGAAAGAGGACCAGGACAAACCAGAAGAAGUCGAAAUCUUGAUUCUUUCCAAACAAGUCAUGAAACCUCAAGUAGUGAUGUGGGACUCACCCGUAGUUGUAUCAAAAGAUGCCGAAAAAGAGGCGAAAAGCGCAAAGAAGGUCUCUGAUAUUACAAAAGAAGUUACAACCACAACAGAACCACAGCAGUUGAAUCCAGCUCCAAGUUCAACACCUGAAUCUGUUAAAAAGAGUCCCGGGCCUCCUGCUCCACCCAAGAAGAAGCCAAUUAAGGCACCAGACAAAAAGGAGGACACUCCCCACCAAGGUGACCAACCGGUCCUUUCGGAUUCUUCUAAUGUGUCUUUGAAAAAGGUCUCGGAGCAGUCUUUCAAAAAGGACGAUCCCAAAUUGACAAUUCCAGAUCACAAAACUGAGCCAGUUGGUGAUGUUUCAAGUGAAGAAAUGGAGGAGAAGUCUUUAGACAGUGGACAGCACUCAGGAGAGGAGUCUGAGACCGGUGACCAAGUUACGCCAUCCUCCACAAAGCUCAAAGGAAGCUCCCAGGGAUUAGAUUUGGAGACCAGCGAGGAUGAUCUAGAACCAUCUGACAGCAAAGCCGAGAGUUUGGAGGACCCAUCGUUAGAAACUCCGUCCGUCACCCCAGAGACCUCAGUUCUCAGUGCACAUCCAACCCCAAACCAAUGCUCCAACAAGUCCAUGUCCCGCACUUUGCCUCUCAGUCCCUCCUCCAAGGGUCGUUCUGCAUCCCUUGGAGACCUUCUUUCUGAGAGCACCGAGAGAAUGGAAAGCAAGGGAAAACCACAAGGAAGUGAGCUCAAGGUCUUGCAAAGCAAAGUGUCUAUUGAGAUUGAAAAGACGGGAGAGCUGCUGAAUGCAAUCGCGACCGGACAGAGUGAAGACAAGGAGGAAGCAAGCCCAGAGAUGCUGCUAGCUGCAGCCAUGGAGAAGCUUAGGAAAGCCGAUCAGUUCCUAAAGGAAGCCAGAAGCUUUAAAGAUCCAAAGGGCAGCAACAGAUUAAGUUUGUAAUGGUAAGUGUUGGUGGACAGAACCUGUAGGGAUGAUCCAUGCUGAAAAUGCAAUACACAGUAUGAAAAUGAUCAAAUCAAGAACUUACCCCUCUCCAUUUUCUAAUCCCAGAGCUACUUUUUAAACCUCGCUAGGCCAGGUUA